CCUCCUUCUUUUGCCGCUUUUGCCUUGCAGAACGUUCACGUAUCCAGGCCCAUGAAGUAGGACCAGGAACUUUUCCCCCACGGACUAAGUCCAAUUAUGCCUUGCAUGUCAUUGAAGCAAUAUCUGACACUACUGGAGCUCAUCACUGUGGAGUAAAAAGACAGUGUCCCAUCUCUGACAAACUGACUUACUUUCAUGCCACUUCAGGUUACCCCCCUGAUGUCCUGCAUGAUUUGCUUGAAGGGAUUGUACCGUUUGAAUUAGCACUCUGUCUGAAUGUGUUCAUCAAGGAGAAAUACUUUUCUCUUCAGGAGCUCAACUGUUCCAUCUGUCAGUUUCCUUACAAGUGGAAUGACAAAACAAACUGUCCACAAGCCAUCCCCCUGACUUUUGCAUCACGUAAAAGUGUAGGAGGCAAUGCACAUGAAAACUGGUGCUUGUUGCGGAUGCUACCUUUUAUGAUUGGUGAUCAAAUACCAGAGAAUAAUGCAGUUUGGCAGGUUUUGAUGUGCUUGAAAGAUGUUGUUGAGCUUGUCAUGGCUCCUGUCCACACAGAUGAGACACUAGGAUACAUGGAAAGCAAGAUUAGUGAACACAGGUACAGGUUUUUGGAUGUGUUCCCAGAGGAGACUCUGAAACCAAAGCAUCACUUCGUAGAACACUAUCCUGAGCUUACAACUGCUUUUGGACCUCUUGUGGCUCUCUGGACCAUGCGCUUCGAAGCCAAGCAUAAAUUCUUCAAAAGAAUUGUGAGGCAGACUGGCUCGUUCAGAAACAUUCUCAGGACAAUGGCAAGAAAACACCAAUCAAUGAUUGCAUAUCACAUUCAUGAUGCUGAUGUUCAGCGGCCGAUGCCAUCAGUGUCCAAAGUGACACAAGUUGCAGUGGAGGUACUAAAAGACAGCAUUAGGGAGUCAUUUGCAAGGAAGUUUCCCAGAGCUGAGAUUGUGAACAUGACUGACAAGGUCACCAUGUUAGGCACUUCAUAUUGUGUUGGGAUGUUGUUGCCUUUUGGAUCGACAGGAGGGUUGCCUGACUUUGGAGAAAUACUCCAAAUAAUCAUUCUGCAUGAAAGCCCUGUUUUUGUUCUAAAGUUGCUAGGUGGGUGGUACCAUGAGCACCUGAGGAGCUUCAAAGUAGAGCCUAUAGGAGAAAUUGAAGUUGUUGUGCAUUCGGAGUUGAAAGAUGCUUACCCCUUGGCCGCAUAUAAUACAGCAGAUGGUCGUAUGGUGUCCCUGAAACACUUCAUUUGCAUAUCAGAGUAAAGACAACACGUGCCUCAAACAACAAUGUCAGUCCAGUUACGAGUCAUCAUUGAAGAACAUGACAUCCGAAAAUUAGUGCUUCCCUCAGGGGUUCCUAAUACAGUUGAAGAGCUUGUUUCAGUAAUUGUUGAAACAUUCCAAUUACAUGGGGAGUUUGGACUACUGUACGAAGACACAGAUUUUGGGAAACAAUUUUUCAGUGUCACCUCAACUGCCGAACUGACAGACAAGGCCACUGUGAAAAUAAUAAGAAAAGAGCCUACAGUUGUUCUUGACUUGCACCCAUUAGACGAAUCAGGACUGUCCUCUACAAUAAGUUCAGUAGACACCACAGAUGAAAGUGAAAUAUACACAUCUACUGUGGAUUAUAAUGAUGAUCAUGCAUCAAUCAACUCACAAGACACUGUUCUUCCUGUGUCAUGCCGCACUGCUCCAUGGCCGAUGCCAUUUCAACUACCAGAGUUUUCACGCGACAUUGAGCUUAUCCUUGCAGAGGCAAACAAGUCAUUUCUUGCUUCUGGAACACACUUCAGAGAUGCAAGUGUUAAAUCAGCUAUAAUGCAAGACCUUGCCAAAGCCAUAUUUUCUUACACUGCCUACCCUUCAAGUCUUCAAGUAGCUUCUGUAGCUGAAGCCCUUGUUGAGAAGUUUCCAUGCCUUAAGGAGCCUGGGUCCUUUUCAGCCAUGUAUGGCUGGCAGCAACGCCUCAAGUACAAGAUGCACAAUUAUCGUGCGAAGCUGAAAUCGCGAAAAUAUGCGUAUCCUGAAAUUGAAGUAAAUAUGUUAAAGAGGAAGUUACCGAACGACACAACCCCAGCCAAAAAUGUGAAAAGGCCAAAGAAAGCAGAAGUGAAUUAUCUUCCUCCACAUCCUGUUGGAGAAAAUCAGGACACAUUGGAGAUGGAGAGGCUUGAGUUAGUUGAAGAAAUAAAGAAGAAGAACAAUGCAAAGAUAAUCAGGGAAAAAAUGUCCAAAACGUUUUCAAGUCGAAGAGUGGAAGUGGUAACCCUCAGCCCAGCUGUUAGUGUCUUCAAGGAGAGGUGGCCAGCACUAUUCAGUGAAGUUCAAGUUAAAGAGGAGUUCCGGCGCAUUACAACAGUUGCCCUGGAAGAGAUGUUCAUGCUGAAGCUGGACUGGUACACACCACGGCUUUUACAGCUGUUGCGUGCCAAAGGGGGAGCUGCUGGUGCUAGGAUGCAUCCACUUCUGAACACUGUAAAUGAGUCUCAAAGUAUUGAGGAAAAAAGAGAUUCGGUUGUCUGUUGCCUCAUUGAGUACCUUGGGGAACACCAAGAAGACCUCUUCCAAGACUGUCAGAACGGACAUGAAGACUACACAGAUCAAACCAUGAAGGUGCUCGUGACUCAUAGUGCCAUCGCUGAAGAUGACCCAGUAGAUGUGUCUAUUGUCAUAGAGGGCAUCCAAGUGCUGAAAGGGUGUGGAAACAAGACCAAGGCAUGUAUGCUGUUGAUGGGCUUGAUCUAUGCCCUUAACCUUCAGUAUCCAAAGAAGCUCAAGUACACUUUCGAAGUUUUCCAGAAAAUCUUUUUGGAGCUUGACGGAGCAAAACUCCAAAAGAGGGUCCACAGCCUCAGAAGUAAGCUAUUGGAAUAAACUGUUUUACCCACAUUGAGACACAGACUGUUUACCUUUAUACUCUUUUUUCUCUUUUAAUAAUGUUAUAUGUUUGAAUGAGCUCUGAUGUUAUGACCUGUUAAAAGGGUUGUUAAAUGUUUUAAAAACUUUGCAUGUUUUAUGCCUCAUUUUCCUUACAUUUAAUGUUCUUUUAUACGUAAAUAAGAAAAUAGACAGAGGAAAUAUGUGAUUGAAACAAUCAAUUCUUGAUACAUCUAAAAAUAGUUGUUGAAUAUCCUCUUGAAAUACAUUAUAUACAGGGCCAUCUAAAAAAAUAAUAAUAUCUUUAAAAAGUUAUUUUAUUUCAGUAAUUCAGUUCAAAAUGUGAAACUAAUAUUAUAUAGAUGUAUUAAACACAGUGAUCUAUUUUAAGUGUUUAUUUAUUAUUGAUGAUUAUGGUGUACAGCCAAUAAAACCCAAAAAUCAGUGUAUCAAAAAAUUUAGAAUAUUAUAUAAGACCAAUUAAUACUUUCUGCAGUGUGGGCAGUGUGCAAAGUCCUGCUGGAAAAUAAAAUCUGCAUCUCCAUAAGUUGUCAGCAGAGGGAAGUGCUGUAAGAUUUAGCGGGAAAACUGCACUGACUUUAGACUUGAUAAUAAAACACAGUGGAUCAACACCAGCAGAUGACAUGUCUCUCCAAACCAUCACUGAUCAUCAGUAAAUUUGACAUUUUAUUUAAAGUAAAUCAAGGGAGCAGAGUCUGGAGGAAGAGUGGAGAGACACACAGUCCAAACUGCUCGAGGUCUAGUGUGAAAUUUACUGAUCAGUGAUGGUUUGUUGGGAGAGACAUGUCAUCUGCUGGUGUUGGUCCACUGUGUUUUAUUAUCAAGUCUAAAGUCAGUGCAGUUUUGUUUUCCAACAAAAUCUUACAGCACUUCAUGCUUCCCUCUGCUGACAACUUUUAUAGAGAUGCAGAUUUCAUUUUCCAGCAGGACUUGGCACACUGCCCACACUGCCAAAAGUACCAUUUGGUCUUAUAUAAUAUAGUCUAAUUUUCAAUUAACAAUAAAAGAAAUAAAUGCUUAAAAUAGAUCAGUGUUUUAAUAUAUCUAUAUAAUUAGUUUAACAUUUUUAACAGAAUUGCUGAAAUAAAGUAACUUUUCAAAGAUUUUUUUUUUUUUUAGAUGGCCCUGUAGGAGUUGAAAUUAAAUUCAGUGUGCAUGUACAAAUUAAGCCAGAACGAAUAUUUUCAUGUGGAAAUAAGGGACAGAGAAGAAGCUUUCCUUCUUGGUACUACAAAAGCCUCUGGAUCACAAGCACAAAGCUGAGCGUUUAUUUUAACUGCAAUUAAAUUCUCAUAGGUCAUUGUUCUUGAUGUUAAAGACAACCAUCCCAUAUUUACUCAUUUAAAUGUUUAAUGACACUAGGACUGAACUGUUUUACCCACAUUAAGCCACAGACUGUUUAAUGUUUUUUUUUUUUUAAUAACCUGCAUUGUUCAUGUUAUAUGUUUGAGAUCUGUUGUGACCUGUUAUUGUGGUUGUUAAAUGUUUUACGAACUUUAAAAACUGAAUAUAUUUUAUACCAAAUUUUAUUUACAAUUGAUGUGCUUUUAUGUAUUUCACAUAUCUCAAGUAUCCUGUACAUUCAGUUGUACAAAAAUGUGUUUAUGCUGGUCAUGGUUUUGAUGAAAUGGCUGGUCCCUAUACAUUGCAAAUGGGCACAAGUUGAAAAAUGGCAAAAGUAAUUUAUAUGUGCAAUCUCAAAUACCCCAAGUGUUCUAACUUGUGUAUGUUUUUUUUUUUUGAUGCACAGUUAAAUAAAAAAAAAGUUUUCCUCAUAA